GAAAGUUCACUUCCUCUUCGUGGAUACCUCAUGUGACAAGUUCCAAUUUUCUUCAAGUCAAAUUUAGCUGAAGUCUCUUCACUGCCUUCCAUAUCUUUGGAGAGAGCCCACCUUCAAGCACUCUUAGUAUGGGAGCAGCUGCUGGUUCCAUCAUAAUGAAAUGGCUGGUUUUGGCGCUCCUGGGGUGCUCCUCCGCAAUAGCCCAACUGCACAAAGAUCCCACGCUGGAUCACCACUGGGACCUCUGGAAGAAAACCUACAGCAAACAAUACAGGGAAAAGAAUGAGGAAGGAGUACGGCGUCUCAUCUGGGAAAAGAAUCUAAAACGUGUGAUGCUGCACAACCUGGAGCAUUCAAUGGGAAUGCAUUCGUAUGAUCUAGGCAUGAACCACCUGGCAGACAUGACCAGUGAAGAAGUGAUCUCUUUGAUGGGUUCUGUGAAAGUUCCCAGCCAGUGGCAGAGAAAUGUCACUUACAAGUCAAACCCUAAUCAGAAAUUACCUGAUUCUAUGGACUGGAGAGACAAAGGGUGUGUUACUGAAGUGAAAUACCAGGGUUCUUGUGGUUCUUGUUGGGCUUUCAGUGCUGUGGGGGCCCUGGAAGCACAGGUGAAGCUAAAGACAGGAAAGCUGGUGUCUCUGAGUGCACAGAACCUGGUGGAUUGCUCAGGUGAAAAAUACAGCAAUAGGGGCUGCAAUGGCGGAUUCAUGACACGGGCCUUCCAAUACAUCAUCGACAACAACGGCAUCGAAUCAGAAGCUUCCUAUCCCUACAAAGCCACGGAUGGAAAAUGCCAGUAUGACUCAAAAUAUCGAGCUGCCACAUGUUCAAGGUAUACUGAACUUCCUGAAGGCAGCGAAGAUGCCUUGAAAGAAGCUGUGGCCAAUAAGGGACCGGUGUCUGUUGCUAUAGAUGCAAGCCAUUCUUCUUUCUUCCUCUACAGAAGUGGUGUCUACUAUGAACCAGCAUGUACUCUGACUGUGAAUCAUGCUGUAUUAGUGAUCGGCUACGGCAACCUUAAUGGGAAAGACUACUGGCUUGUGAAAAACAGCUGGGGCCGCUACUUUGGUGAUCAAGGAUAUAUCCGGAUGGCCAGAAAUAGAGGAAAUCAUUGUGGGAUUGCUAGUUAUGCCUCUUAUCCAGAAAUCUAGAGGAUCUCUUCAUUCUACAACAAGUCAAGAAAGAUGAAACACUUUCUUUUCACUUAACUUUAUUUGCUGUGUUCCGUAGAAAUAAGUGUCAUAAUCAAUGUCUAUUUAUUGCAUUAACAGAAUAUAUAGUUUGACUCUUCUAUUUUUUAAACUUUGCAGAUCUUGAAAAAAUUUGCUAAGUAAAAAUUAAUACUACACUGUAGAUAUAAUUGUAUGAGAAUUGUCAACUUAAUAUAAUUUGUCAUUGUCUUAUUUUGCCUCUUUGUCUUUUUAUGUUCCCUGAUAUCCUUUUAUAACUCAAUGGCAUAUAAAUGCUAAUAAAUA